AUGUCUGAUAUCGGGGAAGAAGAGGUGUGUAGGCUGGCAUGCUCACAAACCUUGGAUGGAUACAACCCGAAUCCCUUCUACGCGUCCGGUAUGUGCCCGGAUUACAUGAGAAGCGAGUGCAAUCUGGGAGGAAAGCUCUGGCAGAACCAGUGGGACAUGCACAAAAAGAAUAUAAAAGAAUUCAAUGCGGAAAGAGUGUUUCACGCGUCCAUGGGAAUCCCAACACAGGUCGUGGGGUACGGGUACCAGUCCCAGCAACCACAUCCUCUUCUGCCACCCACAUCUUCGCAGGUUUUUUCGACCAUGCGACAGAUGCACCCGCACAAAUUCCAGGGACCAAUUUUGAAGCCAGGCCAAUUUUAUCCGUAA